AUGAAGAACAACACCACCACCAAACAAACCUUGUUACUAUCACUAUCAUUAUCAUUAUGCGGCCUCUUCUUGUUCUCUAUCCACAGCGUACAAGCCCAGCCAAGCACCAUAGGGUUCAACUGCACGCCUCCCACCAACCAGUCGUCCCCUAACUCCUGCCAGACCUACGUCUACUACCGGGCCGCCUCGCCGGACUACCUCGACCUCGCCGCCGUCGGCGACCUCUUCUCCGUCAGCCGCCUCGAGAUAUCCCGCCCCAGCAACAUCUCUGCCGCCAACGCCACCCUCGCCCCCGCCCAGCCCCUCCUCGUCCCCGUCACCUGCUCCUGCCACACCGUCAACGUCAGCAUCACAAUCUCCUACGCCGCCCUCAACUACACCAUCCUCAGCGGCGACACCUUCUACCGCGUCUCCACCGUGAACUUCCAGAACCUCACAACCUACCAGUCCGUGGAGGUCGUCAAUCCGACCUUCGAGCCCACCCGCCUCGAAGUCGGGGAUGUAAUCGUCUUCCCCAUCUUCUGCCGCUGCCCUAAUUCGUCGCAGGUGCGGAAUCGGGUCAAUUACCUCGUCAGCUACGUCUUCCAGCCGGCCGAUCGCCUGAGCGACGUCGCAUCGAGGCUCGGCUCCACACAGCAGUCGAUAAUCGACGUCAAUGGGAACAAUAUCCGGGCGUUCGACACCAUCUUCGUCCCUGUUUCACGUCUCCCCAAUUUUACCCAGCCUACAGUGGCGCCUCCUAAUCCCAAUAAUAGAAAUAGUAAUAACACCAACAAUACUACUACUACUACUAAUAUAAAUGGUGGUGAUGAUAACAAUAGAGGUUUGGAGAUAGGAUUGGGGAUAGGUCUGGGUAUAUGUGGGAUUGUGCUAAUCCUGGUUUGCGCUGUGUGGUGGUACAGAGAAAGAAAGCUAAAGAGGGGAAAAGGAGAAUUUUAUGGCGGAAUCGAAGAGAAGCUGGACAUGGGAAGAGCCGGGUCGGGUUUGAAGGCCGAGGAAGUGAAUCUAAUGGCCGAUGUAUCGGGCUGUUUGGAUAAGUACAGAGUGUUUGGCAUUGAGGAUUUGAAGAAGGCAACCGAGGGGUUUGAUGACAAGUGCUUGAUUCAGGGGUCUGUGUACAAGGGCUGCAUCGAUGGGGAAUUCUUCGCAAUCAAGAAGAUGAAGUGGAAUGCUUAUGAGGAGCUCAAGAUUUUGCAGAAGGUGAACCACGGGAACCUAGUGAGGCUGGAGGGAUUCUGCAUCGACCCCCAGGAGGCAAACUGCUAUCUGGUGUACGAAUACGUGGAGAACGGGUCCCUCCACUCGUGGCUCCACGAUCCCUCCCGGGCAGAGAAGCUAAGCUGGAAGACACGGCUCGUCUCGGGGCGUGAGGCGGUCGAUGGGCCGCUCUGGGCCACUGCCCGUGAGGUCCUUGAGGACGGCAGGGCUGAGGCUGUGCGUGAGUGGGUGGAUGGGUGUGUGGGGGAGGAGGAGAUGGAGAGUGCGGUGGGGGUGCUGGGGUUGGGGGUGGCUUGCGUUGACGGGGACCCCGUGAGGAGGCCGAGCAUGGUGGAGAUUGUGUACGCGUUGUCCAAGAGUGGUGGUGGGGAGGCGUUCCUGGACUUGUCUGAGGAGGGUUUUUCGCCUAGGAAGGUGGUGGAUGCGAGAUGA